AUGGUCCCCAUAUGGGAGAAGUCUGGAGACGAUCAGACACAAAGAUUGCCUCCCUACAUCACAAGAGUUGAAAAUCACCGGCCCAUUCAAGGCUACAUCCUUAUGUUGGAUCAGCGAGCCAAUAUAACGCACAACUUCCGGACAGCGUCAAAGAAUGUGUCACUCUCUGAAAUAUUUGCCUCUUCGCAAGGACUGUUUCCAGAGCUCUUUGCCCUAACCAUAGAGUCCGGACAUUGUCAGAGACCGCCACAAAUCAAAUACUUCCCGUCUCAUUCUGAAAAGGUCCUAGCUUCGCAUUCACCCAAGCGAGGAUUCAAAAUACCGACAUUUUUGGGACCAUACCUGCCAAAGCUUCCUCCUGUCAGAGUCCUCAUCCUCAAAGGGGCAUGGAGCAUCAUUCGUCAAUCGUCUGAGCUGGAUGUUAUCAUGAAAGCGGUUCCAAAUCUGAAUGAGUUUCACUGUUCCUUCCAUUCAUUCAUGCCAAUGGCAUACACUACGAUGUGUAACGCACUCCGACCCAAUACCUUGCGAAGGGCGAUCAAACACCUCAGCAUCUCCCUCGAGGGGUGUUAUUCGAGAGAUCCCUCCGCGCUUGACAAAUGGAAAACAGUCUACCCAGAACACCAUCUCUGCCGAGUGCUUGGUUCUGUAGCUCCAUACCUCAAAACACUAAAUUAUACCGGUCGUCUUUGCGGUGCACUUUUCUCUGAAAUGAUGAAGUCAGCAGAAAGCAUGUACCCUGAGAAAUCCCGACUAAGAAGCAUCGACAUGCUUAUCCAGAAUACUUGCCGCGGUCCAAAGGAAACGCAAGAUGGGGUUGGCGUACAUAAUUAUCGCUUCAUUCAAGCCUUCGAGAUUGCCGUUUUCCAGGCAGUUCGGGCUUUAAAAUUCUUUCCUGACGUUGGACAAGUCCGUAUUCGGUUCAUAGAUAUUGAUGCCCCAGACCCGCCGAUCCAGCCAUCGUUCCAUCUUGAGGGCAAGAAAAGCUGGGGCUUCUGGAGUGACAGGAUAUAUGACGAGCUUCUCAAAUCGCGGCCUGAUGUUGAGUUCGACACUGGUUAUGCUUGGUCUGGAGGCUUUCAUGAGGGAGUCCCCAGAAGGAGUCAUCAUCUUGAUUUCUACCGAUCUAUUGCAGAAAAUCUGUUGGGGGUGGUCGCGUAA